AUGGCUCCUGCAGCACCGUCCGUCCCUACAUCUGCCUUCAUCUCGCUCCAGCCAUCCCGUUCUUCAUCGUCUUCGCUUUUCUUCCUCCUCACCUCCCUCUUUGUCCUACUCUCCUGCCCUGCUCCAGUCCAUGCAGAUUCUUCAGGGAACUGUACAGCCAGUGGAGACCCCUGUCAGGAAGGAGUCGUACUUCCUGUGUGGAAUCCUCAGAAUCCCUCUGUGGGAGAUAAAGUGGCCCGGGCUAUUGUCUACUUUGUGGCACUUAUUUAUAUGUUCCUGGGCAUGAGUAUUAUAGCGGACCGGUUCAUGUCAUCCAUAGAGGUCAUAACAUCCCAAGAGAAAGAGAUAACCAUAAAAAGGCCAAACGGUGAGACCACAACAACCACGGUCAGAAUCUGGAACGAAACUGUCUCUAAUCUCACUCUGAUGGCUUUGGGUUCGAGUGCUCCAGAGAUUCUGCUGUCUGUUAUUGAGGUUUGUGGUCACGGCUUUGAGGCCGGGUCACUUGGUCCUAGUACAAUCGUGGGCAGCGCCGCCUUCAACAUGUUCAUUAUCAUUGCCCUCUGCGUCUAUGUGGUUCCCGACGGUGAGACCAGAAAGAUCAAACACCUUCGGGUGUUUUUUGUCACAGCAGCUUGGAGUGUCUUUGCCUAUAUCUGGCUCUAUUUGAUUCUGAGUGUUAUUUCACCUGGAGAGGUUGAGGUCUGGGAGGCUGUACUCACCUUCCUCUGCUUCCCUCUCUGCGUCGUACAAGCCUGGGUGGCUGACCGACGGCUUCUCUUCUACAAAUAUGUCCGCAAGCGUUACCGUGCAGACAAGCACCGCGGUAUCAUCAUUGAGACAGAAGGGGAUGGAGGGAUCGGCGGCAUGGAUGGAGGUGGAGGAGCGCUGGGUCCAGGUGGAUUCACCAAGAUGGAUAUGCUGGAGCUGGAUGGACAGAUUGCUCUGAACUGCCACAGUGGGAUGGACGGAGGAAUGAUGGUAGAGGGUGGAAAGGAUGAGGAUGAUGAAGCAAGGAGAGACAUGGCGAGGACACUGAAGGAGCUGAAGCAGAGGCACCCAGACAAGGACAUGGAGCAGCUGAUUGAGAUGGCUAAUUAUCAGGUUCUGAUGCAGCAGCAAAAGAGCAGAGCAUUUUACCGCAUCCAGGCAACCAGGAUGAUGAUCGGAGCAGGGAACAUACUGAAGAAGCACGCCGCUGAUCAGGCUCGCAAGGUAGUGAGCAGCAAUGAGACUCAGACUCAGGAAGACGACCCUCACACCAUUAGGAUGGAGUUCGAACCCUCUUUAUACCAGUGCUUUGAAAACUGCGGCUCCCUGAAUCUUACAGUUGCCAGACAUGGAGGAGACCCUGGAGUUACUGUCAAAGUGGAUUAUCGCACAGAGGACGGUACAGCUAACGCAGGCUCAGAUUAUGAGUUUGCUGAAGGAACACUACUGUUUAAGCCUGGAGAGACCCUCAAAGAGAUUACUGUCGGCGUCAUUGACGAUGACAUCUUUGAGGAGGAUGAGUACUUCUACGUUCACCUCAGUAACCCUCGUGUUGUGGGUUGUCCUGAGAUAGGCACCGCCCCAGUGGAUUCCACCCUUCACCCGAAAGCCGUGCUUGGAGAUAACCACACAGCAACAGUCACCAUCUAUGAUGACGACCACGCAGGCAUCUUUACAUUCGAAAGUGCCAGUCAGAGGGUGAGUGAAAGCGUAGGUGUGAUGGAGGUGAAGGUCAUGCGUACGUCGGGGGCCCGGGGUCUGGUAGCUGUCCCUUAUCGGACCGUGGAUGGAACUGCCAAAGGAGGGGAGGACUAUGAAAUGGCUGCUGGAAAGCUGCAGUUUCAGAAUGAUGAGACCAUGAAGGUAAUUGAGGUGAAAAUUAUUGAUGAUGAAGAGUAUGAGAAGAACAAGACCUUCACAAUUGAGCUUGGGGAGCCUAUUCUACUGGAGAUAGGACAGAAACACGGUGACUCUAACGAGAACAAACCAUUGGUGGGAGCAGAGGAGGAAGAGGUGGCCAAGAUGGGCUGUCCCAGUCUGGGUGAACACACACAACUGGAAGUGAUCAUAGAGGAAUCCUACGAGUUUAAGAAAGCAGUAAACACUCUUCUUAGACGUACUGAAAAGAAUACAGUAGAUAAGCUGAUCAAGAAGACAAACCUGGCCUUGGUGGUGGGAAGCAGCAGCUGGAGGGAGCAGUUUGUCAGUGCUGUUACUGUUAGUGCAGGGGAUGAUGAUGAGGAGGAGAGUGGUGAAGAACGGCUACCAUCCUGCUUCGACUACAUCAUGCACUUCCUCACGGUUUUCUGGAAGGUCCUGUUCGCCUUUGUCCCGCCCACCGAGUACUGGAAUGGCUGGGCCUGCUUCUUUGUCUCCAUAUCAUUGAUCGGGGUUCUCACCGCCGUCACCGGGGAUCUGGCAUCGCACUUCGGCUGCACGAUAGGACUAAAGGACUCUGUGACGGCUGUGGUUUUUGUUGCUUUGGGGACAUCGGUACCAGAUACUUUUGCCAGUAAGGUCGCAGCCAUCCAGGACCAGUACGCCGACGCCUCCAUUGGAAACGUCACUGGCUCCAACGCCGUCAACGUCUUCUUGGGCAUUGGUGUGGCGUGGACCAUCGCUGCCCUCGCCUGGCGUUCUAAGGGCGAGCCUUUUAGGGUGGACCCGGGAAACCUGGCCUUUUCUGUCACCCUCUUCACCAUCAUGGCUGUGUUGUGCGUCCUAACCCUUCUCUACCGCCGCCGGCCAACCGUGGCUGGAGGCGAGCUGGGUGGGCCGCGGACUUGCAAGUUGCUAACAUCACUGCUGUUCGUCUCCAUGUGGCUGAUUUACAUCCUUUUGGCUUCCAUGGAGGCCUACUGCCAUUUACCAGGGUUUUAGAGGCAGGAAGAUACAGACCUAAUGUUGGUUUUAAGGAGGUGGAAGACCUUAAAACCCUCUCUGAAAAGGGAUUUAAUGUCAUUCAAUUCUAUAUUUUCCUUAAACAAAAUGAGUGUACAUCCUCAUGAGAAAGGUUAACUCCCUCCUACAACGUUGAGGCUAAUUAUUCUUGUCUUUGAACCAUAAACACCCUCCAGUGUGUCAAGGAAAACCUUGAAACA